AUGGAGGCUAUAGCAAAACACGAUUUCACUGCAACUGCAGAUGAUGAGCUGAGUUUUAAGAAAAAUCAAGUACUCAAAAUACUAAACAUGGAGGACGAUAUGAAUUGGUACAGAGCAGAAUUAGACGGGAAAGAAGGUCUUAUUCCUAGUAACUACAUUCAAAUGAAAAGUCAUAGUUGGUACUAUGGUAGGAUCACAAGAGCAGAUGCAGAAAAACUCUUAGCAAAUAAACCAGAGGGAGGAUUUCUUAUUAGGAUCAGUGAGUCGAGCCCUGGUGACUUCUCUUUAUCAGUAAAAUGUCCAGACGGCGUGCAACAUUUCAAAGUGCUACGUGACGCGUCAAGCAAAUUUUUUCUAUGGGUGGUGAAGUUCAACUCGCUGAAUGAACUCGUGGACUACCAUCGCACAGCGUCAGUCAGUCGCUUACAAGACGUCAAAUUAAGAGAUGUGGUCCCUGAGGAGAUGUUGGUUCAGGCGUUGUAUGAUUUCACACCGCAAGAGGCCGGGGAGCUCGAGUUUAGGCGCGGCGAUGUCAUCACCGUAACCGACCGCUCCGAUCAGCACUGGUGGCAGGGCGAGAUCGCGCACCGUCGCGGCUUGUUCCCGGCUUCGUACGUGACGGCGUACCAUUCAUAG